AUGGCGGCUCCGGGGGUGCUGCUGCCGCUGCUGCUGCUGCUGCUCGUGGCUUGGCCGGGGGCCGCCGUGCGGGACUCGCUGCUCAACACCUGCAUGGAUGCCAAGCACCACAAGGCAGAGCCGGGCCCCGAGGGGCAGCUCUACGGGCAGUGCUCGCUCUGGAAGGACAACGCCUGCUGCACGGCCAACACCAGCCUGGAGGCCCACCGGGACCAGUCCUACCUGUACGGCUUCAACUGGGACCACUGCGGGGUGAUGCCCCCCCGCUGCAAGCGCCACUUCAUCCAGGACACGUGCUUGUACGAGUGCUCCCCCAACCUGGGGCCGUGGAUUGACCAGGCGGACACGAGCUGGCGUCGGGAGCGGAUCCUGCACGUGCCCCUGUGCCGGGAGGACUGCGAGCAGUGGUGGGAGGACUGCAGGGACGCCUUCACCUGCAAGGAGAACUGGCACAAGGGCUGGAACUGGACCUCAGGAACGAACCGGUGCCCCCGGGGCUCGCUCUGCCGCCGCUUCCCGGCCGUGUUCCCGUCGCCGGCGGCGCUGUGCGAGCGGGUCUGGUCUCACUCCUACCGGUUCACGGCGCUCGGCCGCGCCAGCGGCCGCUGCAUCCGGCUCUGGUGGGAGCCGGCCGAGCCCAACCCCAACGCCGCCGUUGCCCGGUUCUACGCCCGCGGCGCCGCCGCCCGGCCGCUCCGGCUCCCGGUACCCGCGGUGCUGGGGCUGCUGCUCCCCGCGGUGUGGGGCGUGCUCUGA